AUGCCGACAAAUGAAACAAAUCCGAGAAAACCAUUCAGGAUCUUUCAACAACUGCCUUUCAAGCUAGGACCUAAUGGAAAGAAAGGUGCUGAAGUGGGAGCUAGUGAAGAGAUCAACCUCGUCAGCUCAAUUGAUCUUGAUCAUGUUUUGGCGGAUCAGGAUUGCCCUUCAAGCAGCAUUUCAUCGACCGAGGAAGACAGCCACAGUAUGCACGAUAUCGACGAUAGUAGGUGGUUCCUU